AUGAGCUCGUCCAAACAGCUCUCAGGUGCAUCUGAUGGUGGCGAACGGCAGGGUUGUAGAGAGGCUACUCGUGGUCGAGUUCAAUUUAUCGUAAAGAUUUCGGGCCUCGGCAUUGCCUGGCAGACUUUUGACAUAUUAAGUUGGUUCGGUGGACCUCUCGACAGUCAAGUUGAUCGCUCAAAACCUUGCCAGGAGGAGUUCGAGCCCACCAAAGGUGUUUAG